AUGACACCCAUAGAAAUUCUGAGUGCAACCAACUUUAAGGGCUGGAAGCAUGACGUAAUGAUAAACCUAGGAAUUAUGGAUCUCGAUUUAGCCUUAAGGGAGGAUCAGCCUGUGAUUACUCCAACCAGUACUAAUGCUCAGAAGGAGAAAGCUGAAAAAUGGGAGAGAUCUAACAGGGUGGCAUUGUUGUUCAUGAAAAAGUACAUGAAUGAGACUGUUCGAGGUAGCAUUGCAGAAACUAAUGAUGCCAAAGCUUAUCUGGCAGCCAUAGGACAGAAGUUUCAGGAAUCCUCAAAGGCAGAAACAGGAAACCUGAUGAUGGCACUGUCUAAGGCGCAGUUUGAAGGAGAAGGAAGCGUUAGGGCGCAUAUUAUGAAGCUGAUUGACCUGAGCAAGAAACUUUCAGCCCUAGCAAUUCCUAUUCCUGAUCCUUUCCUUGUCCAUUUUGCUCUUGAAUCUCUUCCAGAUGCCUAUAGCCAACUGAAGGUUAGCUAUAAUACUCAGAAAGAGAAGUGGAACAUAGAUGAGCUUAUUGCCCACUCUGUGCAAGAAGAAGCUAGGCUGAAAAAGGAAAAGGAGAAAUCUGUCCUUUUGGUUAUCCAGUCAGGGAUCAAUAAAGGGAAGGCUGUUGGAUCCUACAAACGCCCACCUCAUCAUGCCAAGAGUGAUCCAAGGCAGAACUCCUCUUCAUCCAAAGGAUCUCAGAACCUUAAGCCAAAACAAACAACAGUUUUCAAAUGCUUCUUUUGCAAAAAUUCUGGUCACAUGAAGAAAAACUGUGCUAAGUAUAAGUCGUGGCUAGAAAAGAAGGGGCUUCGUAAACCGGAGAACUCCAAGUAG